AACACCUUUUAAACAACACACAAGAAGAAGAACCAACCUAAUACGCAUCAUCAUAAAAUCCCUAAAUUCCCGGAAGAGAAAAGUAAAAAUUCAAAGGCUAAUAAAGCUUUCAAGCAAACGAAAAGCUCGACUAUUUGUUAAAAGUUACAAGCUUUCAGUGUCCGAACACGCUUAGAAGUCGCGUGAGAUUUGUGGUUCGAAGCCUCGCAAAAGGGGUCUGUCUCUCUGUUAUUUAGGGGUAUUAACUUCUUUCUAUCGCAAGUCUGAAAAAUUGAAGCAGAGAGUAGAGAUGUGUAGCUUGUCGGCGAGUCUGCUGUUACCGACAAAGCUGAAACCAGCUUAUUCCGACAACCGAAGUAACAGCAACAGCUCACUCUUUCUCGCCAAUAGAAGACGACCCAAGAGGAAGAACCAAUCAAUUGUUCCCGUAAGAAUUUUUUUUUUAUUUGUAAUUGUUUCGGUUUUGGAUUUGGUGCAGAUGGCAAGAUUGUUUGGACCGGCGAUUUUCGAAUCAUCCAAGUUGAAAGUAUUGUUUCUAGGAGUUGACGAGAAGAAGCAGCCAUUAACGCUUCCAAGAACUUACACGCUCACUCACAGUGACAUUACUGCUAAAUUAACUUUAGCUAUUUCGAAUUCCAUUAACAAUUCUCAGUUGCAAGGAUGGGCAAAUAGGUUAUACCGAGAUGAAGUGGUAGCAGAGUGGAAGAAAGUGAAAGGGAACAUGUCGCUUCACGUCCACUGUCACAUUAGCGGUGGCCAUUUCCUUUUAGAUCUAUUCGCAAAGUUUAGAUAUUACAUCUUCUGCAAAGAACUACCAGUGGUGUUGAAGGCUUUUGUGCAUGGAGAUGUGAACUUGUUGAACCACCAUCCUGAGUUGCAAGAAGCUCUUGUUUAUGUUUAUUUCCACUCCAACGUCAAUGAGUUUAACAGAGUCGAGUGUUGGGGUCCUCUUUGGGAAGCUACUUCUCCUGAUGGUCACAGAACUCAAACUCUCCCUGAGAAACAGUGCGUGGAUGAAUGCAGCUGUUGUUUCCCACCGGUUAGCUCGAUUCCGUGGUCUCAUAGUCUUAGCAACGAAGGUGUUGAUAGCUACUCUGGGACUCAGGGAGAGGGAAUGUCUACUCCUAGUCCAGAGAAACUCUAUUGAUUUUAACCAAUGUACACAACUUUGUUAAAAACCUUUUUGGUGGAUCUAAUAUAGGUUUUGGUUUGGUGUAACAUAUUAAUAUGGUAUAGGAAAAAUAAUGAAAUGGUUAUGUACUA